AUGUCGGUCGCGGUCCGCCGCGCUGAGUUCGAGGACCGGCUCGGGAUCGAGGCCCUGAUCACCGACGAGGACCGCACCCGCUUCGGCGCGCUCGACGUGGCCACCCUCCUCGAGACGGCGACGCUCGGCAUCACGGCGGUCGACGAGCGCGGCCAGGUUGUCGGCUACGCAGCGCUCUCCGACGCUCCUGGCCGCCCAGAGGUGGACCCAGCGCAAUGGCCCGAGUGGUUUCGGGGAAUUGUUGGGGAAGUGCAGCUCGGCGUCACCAACUCCGCCUGGCUUGCUCUAUUCGUGUGCCACCCCGCGGCUCGUGCCGAGGUGGCCGAGAAUGUAAUGCGCACGGCGUUCGCGACGCUUCCAGAG